GUUUGAGGCUGGGGCGUGCCUCCCGCAAGAUCUGAAGUUGCUACAGGAGCACUCAGUACGCCGGCCCUGUUCAUCUACACCACCACGGCUGUUGUUGUUUGGCUUCUGUUCUCAAGGUCUUCACCUUGGCGAUUGUGUUUCCACUAGGCACAAAUACGCCAGGCAUGAAGCUCGCAGGUUGGAACCGCCGAGGUGUAGGUAAGGACCUAGAUAGCUCUGCUAAGAUGGACUACCUUGCCAGAUUCAUGAGCUCCACAAGUGCACAUAUCACUUUUGUUUCAGAAAUAAGAACAUCGAGGUACAAAUCUUCACAUCUUAAUUCUCGAUUUAAUACUGCUGGUAGCUUUGUAGUACCGUCCAAUGGUCGAUCAGGUGGGCUCUGGUUGCUUUGGACUGAUGAAGUUUGUGUUUCAGUCAAGUUCUACAACCAAUAUAUGAUUUUAGCUAUAGUUGUUAACAGAACUACUAAUGUGAACUUUGCCUUGGCUUGCAUUUAUGGAGAUCCCCAUCAUCGCCACACUAGGAUGAUCUGGGACCAUGUUUACAAUUUUGUGUGUGAAAAUCUUGGCAAGCCAGUAGUUUGUUUAGGUGACUUUAAUGAUAUCAUGUGUGAUAUGGAUACCACCUCUAUCAAUGUAAAUAAACUUCGCAUGCGUACUUUCAACUCAUAUGUUAAGCAAUGUGGUUUGUUUGACUUAGGUUUUAGUGGACCGGCUUAUACGUGGACGAACAAACGUUUUUCUUCUAAACCUAUAUUUGAGAGACUUGAUCGUUGUCUUGCUAAUGCUGAAUGGUGCACCAUCUUCCCAAACACUAAUGUUUUUAAUCUUCCUAUCAUCCUUAGUGAUCAUGCUCCUAUUCUGAUAUCUACUGAUUCUAAAUUCCAAAGGCCAAAACUUCACUUUAAAUUUGAAAAUUGGUGGACUUAUGAAGAAGACUUCCGAGGUGUUGCAAAAGAUGCUUGGAAUGCUUCCGUUAAUAGGCCUUUUCAUGCUAGAACAGCUAACCUUGCAGGAGCUUUGAAAAGAUGGUGCAAGAAGAAGAAGCCUAUCCAACAACAGCUUGACUACAUACAAGAGCAGAUCAAUGAUAUUCAGAUGAAGCCGGUACAUCUACAAAAUCACAAUCUCGAGGUCAGCCUUAUUGCUCAAUAUGAACAAAACAUGACCAAGCUCACUGAAUAUUAUCGUCAACGUGCAAAAAAGCAUUGGGCAACUCAAGGCGAUAGGAAUACAUCCUUCUUUCAUAACGCAGUUCAAAAACGAAAACGUAGGAAUCGCAUUGUUUCUAUUAGAAAUGCACAGGGAGAUGAAAUGUUUGAUCCUGGAGACAUUGCAAGUGAAUUUGUUCAUUACUUCAAAUCUAUUUUUCGCUCUACUGCUACUAACAAUGACAGACCCAUAUUAAACACAACAUCGAUGCAAGAUCCUGAAGACUAUACCUACUCGGUGCCGGACAAACAAGAGGUUUGGGGAAUCCUCAAAGAAAUGAGGAAAAAUGCUUCACCAGGAACUGAUGGCUUUAAUGUGGCAUUUUACAUAUCGGCUUGGGAUUGGAUUGGAGAUGACGUUACAAAUGUGGUAAGGAACUUUUACACUACUGCUACUCUACCACCUCAUCUUAAUGAUACUCACAUUGCUCUCAUUCCAAAGAAGCUAAUCUGCCAUCUACCUUCUGACUUUAGACCCAUAAGUUUGUGUAAUGUAGUCUAUAAAAUCAUUGCAAAAUCUUUAGCGAAUAGGUUGAAACGACAUCUUCCAGAUUACAUACACCCCUCGCAACAAGCGUUCAUUCAAGGUAGACGCAUAAGCAAUAAUAUUAUAGUUGCACAAGAGAUUGCCCAUUCGUUUUCUCUCACUUCUUGGAAAAGUCUAGAUUUCAUGUUAAAAAUUGAUCUUGCCAAGGCUUUCGAUAGAGUUGAAUGGCAUUUUAUCGUCUCGGCUCUUGCACGGAAAGGACUUCAUGGUCAUUUUAUUAAUCUUGUGUAUGCUUGCAUUUCUUCGCCGACAUUCUCGAUAAUCAUCAAUGGUCAAUCUUUUGCGAAGUUUGUUAGUUCCAGGGGUAUAAGACAGGGAUGUCCUUUGUCGCCGUAUCUAUUCGUUUUUGCAGUGAAUGAACUAGCUUUGGCACUACAGGACGCCCUCCAGUCCAAUCACCUCACAGGUAUCUCUCUUGGACCAAACUGUCCUCCUAUUCAUUGCCUCAUGUUUGCGGAUGACCUUAUUGUUUGCGGAAAAGCUAACAUGCAGGAAGCUCAAGCAAUCUCUCAGAUUAUAGAUAAUUUUUGCCAUGACUCGGGACAAAUUCCAAACUGGAGCAAAUCUGGAAUUCUUUUUAGCAAAAAUGUCCCUUUGCAAUUCAAAGAGGACAUACGAGCAAUCUUUCCGGCCCCUGACCUAGACAAUUCCUUCAUUCAUCUUGGUCAUCCUCUUAUACUGCCCUCCAAAGACAGAUCGGCUGCUUAUGCCUUCAUUUAUGACAAAUUCAAAUCCAAGCUCUCCACUUAUAAAGCAAACCGCCUCUCACAUGCAGCCAGAUUAACACUCAUAAAAUCGGUGUUCUCCUCCAUUCCUGUCUACUAUAUGUCUAAUAUUCUAUUUUCAAAAAAGUUCAUCACAAAACUCACAGCUAUUAUCAGGAACUUUUGGUGGACGGGUGUUCAAGAUGACCAGACAACUAGGAGCCUUUGCCUUAGGGCAUGGGCAGAUGUUUGUACUGAAAAAAAAGGGUGGUCUGGGUAUAAGAAAUUUGCAGGCGGUCAAUCAAGGUCUCAUUCUUUCGAUGGCUUGGAGGUUGGCGAAGGAACCACAUAGUCACAUAGCUCAGAUCCUAAAGGCUAAGUACCAUCAUGAUACUUCCAUUUGGAGGGCCAAGGCAAACAAGCCUAAAUCAGCAUUCUGGUCUGCAAUACUUAAGGUAUGGAGUGACACCCAAAUGGCACCACGAGUUCAAACGUUCGCAUGGAGAUUACUAAGAAAGGCACUUGCAACUGGCAAGAGGGCUAGUAAGUACUCAAAACACAUUAACGAAAGUUGCUCUAGAUGCGGCAAUCUUGAGGAUGAAUUACAUAUGUUGUUUUUAUGUCCUUUUUCUAAGGCUGCUUGGUACGGCUAUCCUUGGUUUAUUAAAAUUGAACUCAUGGCAGAGCAUCACCGUUCUAUUCCUGAUUUGAUCCAAGCUUUGCUCACUUCCCAACAUCCGCAAGUUAACUGUACUAAUCUUUACACGUUUCUGUGGUGUCUUUGGAAAGCUCGGAACGAUAACUUGUUUUGCAGGAAAGUGUGCAAGCCAUCCCAAGUAUUUGUGGCGGCAAAUGCAAUUAUCACAGGAGCAGUUAUGGAGAUCAAGGAAAUGUCAACACAAAAGAAGAAUGACCUUGCACAGGACAAGCAGCAGGACAUGCAUCCCUCAUCUCAGCUACAUGAGGUUACGAAUUCUACUGCGAAUGCUAUCUUUUGCGAUGCAGCUUGGAAAAAAGAAGCAGGAACUGACCGGAAUCAAGCUAGGAUAGGUGUUACCAUCAGCAUACAAGGCAAUCAGCACCUCAACCAAAUGCAUAUUGCUGCACUCUCACCUCCAGCUUCCUCGCCUCUCCAAGCAGAGACAUAUGGCCUUCUCCUAGCGACAAAGUUGGCACAUCUUCUCCAAGUUCAAGACCCCCAAUACUACACAGAUUGCUUGGUGUUAGCUUCGGCGGCAAGGGAGACAUCAGUUUUCUCAACGCCAGGCCAUUGGGAGAACAGGCCUCUACUUGCAGAGAUACAAGCUUCUCCAUCAUUCCAUUCCAGCAGGAUCUCUCAUGUCAGGAGAUGUGACAAUGUCAAAGCAGAUCAUCUGGCUCGAUUAGCUCUUCGAAUUCAAAACAGAUCUUUAGCGAUCCGUUGUUUAGGUUCUGAAGCAGGUUCAUGUCCAGCUAGGGACAUUCUCUCUGUAUCUAGCGUGAAGGGUUUCACGCUUCUCUCUGUAAAAUGCACUUAAGCUUAAUAAUAAAACUGUUGUGUUCAAAAAAAAAAAA